AUGUCGAGUUCAAGAAGCGGUGCAAGGAAAAGCAGGGGUCGCCAAAGAAUUGAGAUGAAGAAGAUGAGCAAUGAAAGCAACCUCCAAGUCACGUUCUCUAAGCGUCGCAGCGGCUUGUUCAAGAAAGCAAGUGAGCUUUGCACCCUCUGCGGUGCUGACGUGGCACUCGUCGUGUUUUCUCCUGGCCAGAAAGUCUUUUCCUUCGGCCACCCAAACGUAGAAACCGUUAUAGAUCGUUACCUGUCGCGUGCAUCUACUCUCCCAAACUUAUCCGGCACUUUGCAAUUCAUUGAGGCGCACCGCAACGCCAAUGUGCGUGACUUCAACUCUAGACUCAUGCAGGUGAAUAACCAACUUGAAAGUGAGAAGCAACGUUCUGAUCACUUGAAUCAUUUUCAUAAGGUUGCCAUGAAUCAGUUCUGGUGGGCCUUGCCAAUUGAAAAUAUGAGCAAGACCCAACUAAACCAGUUCAGGGCGGCACUUGAGAACCUUAAAAAGAGUGUCGCGCAACAUGUCAAUAGCCUCUUCGUUCACGAAAGUAUUAACAACCCUACUCAAUUCUUUGGUCAGUCAUCUUCAAAUGCUCUAGUGCCACAUCAGCCUUCUCCUCCUCCUCUUCCACCACCACCAACUUCCGCUCAACUAGUUCCUCAGUUGUUUGGUAGUGGUUCACACUUUCUACAGCAUCAGAGCCCUAUGAUGCUUCAUGAGAGCCCUAUGAUGCAAAAUCAUAUGUUUAACAUGAACAACAUUGGACAAUUUGGAUCAUCUGCUGCUGGAUUCCUUUGA